AUUAGGUCACAUAUAUUGAAUUGCGUUGAAGUGUGAAUGCUCAGUACGAUUUCGAGCGCUGUGAUUGAUAUUACUCUUCUGAUUCUAACAGUUGAAGGCACCAAAAUGCGUUGGCAUUUAUUUAGCAUUGCGCUAUUUUCGGUUAUCGCUUGGAUCAAUGUUGUCAAUGCUGCAGCAACUAAGCAAGCAGAUGCAAGCAAAUUCAUUGUCGAUGCCAGCACUCGCUAUUACAAGCUUUAUAAUCAAAUUGCAGAGGAAACAUACUCAUCUACAGAUGAUGAAGAUUUUGAUACAAUCUUUACAAAACUGACUACGGUCAAAAGAAUAGCCGCAGAGCUGGUUAAAAUUUCUGAAGAGGCCAGCGAUUAUGAUUUGGAGAAUGUACAUGAUGUGCAGGUGAUAACGGCUUUGCGGAAUCUUCGAAGAGUUGGCGAGCUUUUCGUCUUGGGAGAAGAUUACUUUUCAUCGGUGCUGAUAAACUUCGCAGCUCUUAAAGAACUUUCUACCGAUAAAGACAUCGAACCUUAUUUGGGUGGCGCGUAUAUGCCAGAUCAAGACGAUAGCCCGCUAGCGUACUAUCCUGAUAUACAGAAAAUUUUCCAACGCAGCAAUGAUUCUGAUGAACUCAAAUAUUAUUGGGAGAAUUGGCGCGAAAAGAAUUUGGUUUGGUCUUCAGUUAAUUUCUACACCAUAAUUGAAGCCUUCCAAAAGGCUGCGAAGAUACUAGACAUACCGGUACUUGAGUUUUGGUUUCGCUGCUACAACAAUAAGGAAUUUUUGGCAGAAAUGGAACGUGUGAUGGAAGACAUUAAGCCAACUUAUAAACAACUACACGCAUUCAUUAGAAAGGAGCUGCAUACGAAGUAUGGUGGGAGCGUUGUUAAUCCUCGAGGUCCCAUUCCAGAUCAUUUGUUUCAACAAGUGCGAGAACAGGCUUGGCAUGCCAAUAGUGUCAUCGAACCAUAUUUUCCAAAGGGAAACCUUCCUCCAUAUGACAACUUUGUAGCGCAUUUCGAGGCAAAGGACAUGAUAAAUGAAGCAGAAAAUUUCUAUAAAUCGCUCGGGUUCAAUGAAUUAGAUAAGGAAUUUUAUGAGGAACAGUUGAAGGAGCAAGACGAGAGUGCUGAAAAUGGCGAUUGUAGAGCUGAUAUUUUCGAUCUUACACCACAUGUGUACAUGAAAUAUUGCAAGAAGGUAGAAUUCAGAAAGUUUUUACAGACUCACGGUUACCUUGGGCGGGUACAUUACGCCAAAGAAAAACACAAUCUACCAUCAUACUUCUUCAAUUCUUAUGAUUUGGAAUAUCCAGUGGGAGAGGCUGUAAUUCUAUCUGCAUCGACCCCAAAACAUUUACAAGCCAUAGGACUUUCUAAGGAUUUUCAAUUUUCGGAUUCAAUUUUGAUGAACCGUUUGUUUAGAAUGGGUAUUCAUACAAUGCUCAACAUACCAUUGUACUUCGUCCACACUAAAGUCAUGACUGACUUGCUAAACGGUACAGUGGAAAUCGAAAGGAUUAACAAGCAUUACUGGGAACUUAUGGAAAAAUAUGCUGGUGUAGAACCCCCCUCAGACCGCCCGGAAAGUGCUAUAGAUUUUCCCUACAAUUUUUAUUUGGAUAUGGAAGAAAAUCAUCAGACCAAAAAGUUCGUUUCCGAAGUUCUGGGCUACCAGUUUUAUCGCUCGUUUUGUCAAAAAACUCAUCAUCGGGGUCAUCUACAUAACUGUGACUUCCACGAUAAUCUGGAAAUCGGCAAUUCGGUCAAAUCAAUGAUGUCCCUGGGUUCUUCAAAGCCUUGGCACGACACUCUGUCAAGAGUUUUAGGCACGAAUUCAAGUUUGAGUGGAGACGCUUUACUUGAUUAUUAUACGCCUAUGAUAGAUUGGUUGAAGAUGAAAAAUCGCGAAUCAAAAGUCAAAAUUGGCUGGAAUUCGAGUCAAAAGAAAAUCCUUUAAGAUGGAGAACGAAAAGUUCAAAGUUUACAAUAAGUGUAAACAUUAUUAAAUAUAAAUAACUUUUAUUAAUAUCAAUAUACCUACAUACACGGUCUUAUAUGUAAAUCCGCGCAUAUUAUGUAAAUAAAUAAAUGAUCUGGGUUUCAACUAACAAUUUUAAAAUAA